GCCACUCGUCCACACACCGGCAGACACACUCAAGCUCCCUUCUCACACUCUAUAACACUACCCAUCGUUACUCUUCUUACCAUCGGUGGAUUUGAGCCCGUAUUUUACGUGGAACAUCGUCAAAAUGUCUGACAAGCCUGAUAUGACUGAGAUCUCCCGUUUUGACAAGACAAAGCUGAAGAAGACCGAGACAAAAGAAAAAAAUCCACUGCCCACUAAAGAGACUAUUGAGCAAGAGAGGAAAGGAGAUGCCACACCUUGACUGUGAAGCAGAUGAAGAAAAGAAGCUGGGAUGGCACAGCAAAAUGCACUUUCUUUUAAUUACUACACUCUCCUAAUAUCAUAAUUUUGUCUUUAAAAAAGGGUGCUUUUGAGCUCCUGGGGGAUUUGCCCCCACAUGGGACAGGGUUCUCUUUGGCACUUGGGAGAAACGAGUUAGCCUGGUUGCUUGUCUCAGUCUGUUAGCAUGUAGCUAACAGGUCGCCAAUAUUGCCAACCUGGGAUUGGUGUUGUGAUGGAGCAUCAGGAGGCAGGCAACCAGACUAUGGGCGGCUGGGCGGGUUUGGGGGGUUCUCCUGAAGAAAAGAUCAACCUUUAGUGCCAAACUGUCUAGGUCCUAUAAUGUUUUCUUGAUAAUUUUUUUACUUUUGAUUUUAAAAUAAAUAUCAA